GUCUCUCUCUUAGCAAAAACCAGAACCAGGAAAAGAAGAAACAAUUGCAUGGCUGGUGAUGAUGAAAUCAACCUCAAUGAAUCCAAGAGGGUGGUUCCGCUAAACACCUGGGCAAUAAUCUCCAAUUUCAAGCUAGCUUACAACCUCCUCCGCCGCCGCGACGGCGGCUCAUUCAACCGCGAGUUCUCCGAGAUCGAAAGGGAAGGAAGAGGAGAGGAAAUUGGCGGAGGAGAGCCCCAAUCCCAAAUCCGAUAUAACCCUAGUCCCUCGUCUAGAUUUCCACCUCCGAAAGAACUCUAGCCCCGUACCAAUAUUCACCUUCGACAAAAACCCAGUACCCCGUCGACCUUGGAGCGGCGGCGGUGGGUGAAUUGGAGCAGACACAAUCGAUUGGAGCUCAAUUUGCUAGGUUCGGUGCCGCCGCAAUCAAUUACUUCCUCACAGGUGAUACCGAUUUGACCAGUUCGAGUUUCUUGUUCGGGAACGGCCGUGACGGUCUUGGCCCCAGAAUCUUCGACCUAUUUUGCGAUUCUGGAACGAGUGGUGACGGGAAGCACGGGUUCCUUCCGCGGCGACGGUGGUUUUUGUCGAAGUGGAGGAAAGACGGCGAAUUGGAAUUUGGAAGGGGUUGGGUU